AUGACGAAGAGCCUGGUGCCACCAGCGUCCCUUCCACCGGCCGACCGUCCCGCGGCGUCUUUUUUUUGUCAACUUAUCGAUUCCUCCGUUUGUCAUAAUGGAAAGGGGUUUGGUACAAGAGCUUUUUUGCCCUUGUAGGAAUAGGAUUAAGCUUUAGUGGUUCGAUUUUAUUUGGAAAAGAAACGAAAUUUGAUUUACUUUCAGAAAGUCCACCAAAAUAGAGUGUGCCUAUAAUUAUGACGCACAGUCCACAGAAACAAAUUCAACACUAUCAAUACACAUUUUCAAUCAUAGAUGAAUUUUUUGUCAAAUCCAAAUGAUAAUCAUUUUUUUUCUAUAACUUUGAUGACUACAAGAUAGUGAGCAAAAAAAGUGGAACAAAUAAGUUUCAAAACAACGUUUUAUGGUCAUUUCGGAAUGGGAUUUCUUCACUGGCAACUUUUCCGCUUUCUUCUUGUAAAAUCACCUACAGCUUCAGAUGAAAACUAAAUUUGAAGUUUUUCUCUCCAAAAAAGACAUUUUGGACCGUCCCUAUAGUGUAAAAGGCGUCUUGGCUUUUGCCAUUUUUCGAAAAGAUGAAAAGAUGACGAAGAGCCUGGUGCCACCCCCGACCCUUUCACCGGGGGACCGUCGCUCGGCGUCUCUUUUUUUUUUGACAUUCUAGAUGUUUCGAUUCCCUCGAGUAGAAACAGGAUCUUAUAAAAAAAAUUGGACAAAGUUUUGAACAGGUUGAAGUGAAAGAUAGGAAUUUUUCGAAACUUGAACUGAACUAUGUGCUCAGUUCCUACGCAAGGAAAAAAGUGCAGAUUGAAGAAAAAAAACUCAUUAAAUGCGCACAGAGAAGACUUCUGAUAAAAAAAAACAAUUUGUUUCAAUUGAUCAAAAAAGCGCAGAAACAAAACGUGUCUAUAAUUAUGACGCAGUGCCAGGGUUCAUGUCCCUUGUAAUGAGAUCAUAGUGGCAUUUUUCAAAAUUUGGAGCAGUCAUUGUUUUUCAGAAACCUUCAUCUCAACUUUUUAAGACAAAACCAAAUUCGAUUAGAAAAAAUCACGCGGUCUAAUCAGGAGUUUUUCUGUGAGACCUAACGAUGCCGAUUUCAAACUUACUUCCACGAUUUCUAAUUUUAGCAAGUCCCUCUAUUGCAAAAAGGGACAGUUUUUGCCUGUUGGCGCCUUGCCAGUUUUCGAAAAGAUGACGAGGAGCCUGGUGCCGCCAACGUCCCUUCCAUCGGCCGACCGUCGCUCGGCGUCUUUUUUUUUGAGCUUUGUCGAUUCCUCUACUAAUGGAUAG